UGAAAACAGCCAGCCCGAGAAGGGGAGUCAUGCAGUUGCGGAUGCAGCUCUCCCACCGAGCCACAAGCCAGUCAGAUCAGUCAGGGAGAGAGGGUGUGUGAGAGCAAGACAGAGGGAAAGUGUGUGAGUGUGUGUCAGGACCAGAGGCUCCAAAGGACGUCACAUACACUCCCAGAGAAAGAGGAAAACGCGCUGUCACGGGAAAGGCGUCUAUCCUCACGCGCUUUUUUGUUGUGGAAGAGACUCUGACAGAAGUGAGUAUUCCUGAGGUGGAUGAAGUGAGAAGAUGAUGAUAGUCAGCUGAAGUGGAUGUUUCUCAAAACAGACAGAUACAGAUUUCCGGUCAUAACCUCCCUUCUGAGGGGAUUUCCAACUCCUCCACAAGGAAAAAGACUUUCAAUAAUAAUCAAGAUUGUGUGAAGUGUUUUUGCAUCACCAUGGAUCAGCCCGGCAGCAGCUGCAUGCGGAGCGCCCACCCCAGCAGCCCCAUUUGGGGUUGCAUGAGGAACCCUCACUCAGGGGUCCCAGGUGCCAAUCUGCAGUCGCCCUACCAGCAGGCCCCUUUCUCCCUCCACCAGAAGCCUGACUUCUUGGCCUACACAGACUUCUCCAGCUCCUGCCUGGUGCCGACCGCACCGCACGCAGCCUACCCCCGUGAUGACAGACUGUACCAAGACAGCCAAGGGGGUUACCAGAGAGCUGACUGGCAGUUCAACCACUGCGAGACACGGGUGAGGGCGCCAGAGGCCUGCCCGGCCAUCGUCGCACCUGUAGCAGUAGGUGGAGGUGGAGGACAUGAGCUGGACAAUGCAGGGGGAGACAGGCUUCCAGGGGCCUUGCCCGGAUGCCUGGAUGGAGAAUACUCACCCCAGAGCGUGGCUUCAGCCGAGUCUGACAAGAAGGGUUCCAAUAAGAGGAAGAGAGAUGUCACAGAUAUCCAGGAUUCAAGUUUUAAGGUGGAUUCCAGCUGCAAGGCCCGGAAAGAGCGCACAGCGUUCACUAAGGAGCAGCUGAGAGAGCUGGAAGCUGAGUUCACCCACCACAACUACCUGACCAGGCUGCGCCGCUACGAGAUCGCAGUCAACCUGGACCUUACAGAGAGACAGGUGAAAGUGUGGUUUCAGAACAGGAGGAUGAAGUGGAAGAGAGUGAAGGGGGGACAGUCGUCCUCGCCCAAUGACCUGGAGAAUGACGACAUAGACUCGGCGGCCUCGCCAAGCUCUGAAUGAACAAAGCCUACGACAUUAGGAAAAAAAAAGAGAUGUCACAGAGAUACUUGGGGUCAACUGGACACUAAUACAGCGCAAUGAAAGCGAUUCUGUGAUUCUGUGGAAAGCUGCAGGAUUCAAACAAGACUCUUAAUAAUUCCCAGG